UAAAGUACCUAACAAUAAAAACAAAAUUUUAAAAAAUAAAUAAAAUUGAGGUGUGAGUCCCCUUAUUAAAAGGGAAUCAACACUAUAGAGAAUUUACUUUCUUGAUGUAAGAGCCAAAUAGAAGAGAUAGAAGAAAAUGCAAAUCAAUAACAGGUUCAACGGAGCUCAGUAGCUUUAUUACAUUAUUGAGAAGAAAAUGGAAAAAGAAGAUGGUUUGAGGACAGUGGAGUGUCUAAGAGGAAGAUUAAUUGCAGAAAGAGCUGCUUCAAAAAAAGCAAAAGAAGAUGCAGAGUUUAUGGGAAACAAGCUGAUUGAACUGGAGAAAAAGUUGAAAGAAGAGAGCAAAUCAAGAAACAAAGCUGAGAAAAAGCUCAAAUAUUUUAUAAAAAAGCUUGAAUCCAUGAACGUAUGUUAUAUUUCAGAUGAAUCAGAGCAAUCAAGUUUGUUUGAUAAAAGUGAAAAUUCAUCUGUUACAUCUACUACAACUACUAGUAACAGCAGCAAAAUAAUCUCUGAACAAAACUCCCAAUUUAAAGACUCUAUGAUCAGUGAUUUUCAAGAUUCUCAAGAGCUCAUAUCCCAAGAAAACUCAAUCAACUUUGACAAAAAUAGCAAAGAUGAUGAUGACAACAAUUCUAAGGAGCUGGAAUUCUCAAAUUCAGAUGCUAAUAGCUCAAAAUCAGUAGUCCAAGAGGAAGGGAAAUUAAGUGAAGAAGAUGAAAGGGAUUUUCAAGAAGACAAUGUCAAUAACUCUUUGGCAUUAGUUCCUAUAGAUUUGCCAAAGCCAAAAUCAAUUGAUCCAAUUGUUCUUGAUGCUACUGUUAGAGAAGUUCUUGAUGCACUAAGGCAUGCUAAAGAGAAACUCCAGACACAAAUGGAGAGAGGACGUGGUACGAUUAAAGUUGGCUAACUUAGAUAUAUAACAAAUCUUGUUCGUCUUAAUUUGGAGUACCAUGAGGCUAAUCAAUAUUAAUUGAACGUGAUCUUAUUAUAUGUAUAUAUUUUAAUUUUUCUUUUUUUGCACCAUUUAUAUGUUGAUAAUGUCAUACUAUAUUUAAGCAAACUGUGGUUGAUGUUAUGUGAUAUUCUUGUAAUAAAGGACAUUAUUUGGU